AUGGACUUAUGUGAACCACUUUUACGUGGUAUCCACAGCUAUGGUACGGAAAAUCUUACGGAUAUUCAAAAACGUGCUCUUAAACCGUGUAUUUCGGGUUACGAUGUGAUUGUGCAAGCACCGUCAUGUAAAGGCAAAACGACAAUGUUCAUUAUUGCAAUUUUACAAAAACUCGAUGUGAAUUGCAAAGACUGUCAAGCGCUAAUUUUGGUACCAUCACGUGAACUGGCCCAAGGAAUCCGUGCAGUAGUUUUAGCACUAGGUGAUUAUAUGAAUGUGACAUGUCAUGCUUGUAUUGGUGGUACACAUAUUCGUGAGGAUACGAAACGUCUUGAAGCAGGUGUUCAAGUUGUUGUUGGUACACCAGGUCGGAUCUAUGAUGGGUUGAAGACAUCAGCAUUUCGUAGUGAAAAUAUCAAAAUGUUCGUUUUGGAUGAUGCUGAUGAGCUCUUAUCACGUGGUUUCAAAGACCAAGUUUAUGAUAUAUUGACAAUGCUAUCAAGAACUAUUCAGGGCAUUAUUGUAUCGGCUACGAUGUCCAGUGAAUUACUCGAAAUCGCAGCUAAAUUUAUGAAUGAUCCUGUGAAAAUUCUUACCAAGAGAGAAGAAUAUUCGCUCGAAAGUAUUCGUCAAUUUUACGUGGAUGUCGAACGUGAGGAUUGGAAAUUAGAUGCGUUAUAUGAUUUGCUCGAUAUAUUAUCGAUCACACAAGCUGUCAUCUUUUGUAACAGAUUGAGAACGGUCACAUGGUUAACUGAAAAAUUGCGUGCACAUAAUAUUACUGUGUCUACCGUGUAUUAUGAUAUGGAUGCACAGCAAUGUAAUGAUGCCAUAAAAGAAUUUCGAGUGGGUUCCAGUCGAAUCUUGUUAAGAACAGAUACGCUUAAAGUUGAUAUUGAUAUUGCACAACUUAAUCUUGUUAUCAAUUAUGAUCUACCAAAUGAUUGUCAGAUUUAUAUUAAUCGUAUUGGACGUAGUGGUAAAUUCGGUCGAAAAAGUGUGGCUAUCAAUUUCAUUACCAAAGAUGAACAACGAACAUUACACGACAUUGAACAAUAUUACAAUACAAAAAUUGAAGAAUUGCCUAUGGACAUUGCCGAUUUGAUUUAA